AUGUCGUUUGCACGGUUACCUUCCACACCAAUCCGUUUUGCUAGGCUUUCCGAGUCUGCAUCUCGCUCGUCAUGGCGGCCUACUGCCAGUGGGAGCCGGUACAUGUCCCAAAAUAUCAAUCGGGACUCUACGACUCUUCCACUUGAUAUUGAGCCCUCCCGGCUCAUCGUCACAAAAACAACGAGCCCAAAGGAACUUCCUCCCUCUAAGAAACUUCUCUUCGGCCGGACAUUCUCAGAUCACAUGCUGAGAAUCCGCUGGACUGAAGCUACUGGCUGGGAAGCACCCAGCAUUGAGCCUUUCGCCACCAUCAAUCUAUCCCCUGGCGCUACCGUACUUCAUUAUGCUCAAUCACUAUUCGAGGGCAUGAAGGCCUACAGACAUGAUGAUGGCACCGUGACGAUGUUCCGACCUGACAUGAAUAUGAAACGUAUGAACGUCAGCGCACAGCGGCUAGCGCUUCCCGCAUUCGAUGGAAACGGCCUAAUUCAAUGCAUAAAGGAGUUGAUAUCUCUUGAUCGUCAAUGGAUACCUAAGGAGCCCGGACACAGUCUUUACAUCCGACCUACCUUAAUCGGCACUAACGGCACGUUGGGUGUUGCGCCCCCCAGCGAGGCACUACUUUUUGUGAUCACCAGCCCUGUGGGACCAUACUACCCUCAUGGGUUCAAGCCUGUGGCAUUACAUGGCACGACAGACUCGGAGUACAUUCGCGCGGCUCCUGGAGGUACCGGUGCUUAUAAACUUGCCGCGAACUACGCUCCAGGCGUUGUAGCACAAAAAAGUGCAGCGAAACAGGGCUACGCGCAGAACUUGUGGUUACAUGGUCCCGAGCACUGGCUCACAGAGGUGGGCACCAUGAACUUGUUCGCCGUUAUCAAGGACAAGGACGGCAUAAGCGAACUCAUCACGCCCCCUCUCGACGGAAUGAUUCUCCCAGGUGUUACCCGCGACUCUGUGUUAGCCCUUGCGCGCAACCACGUCUCGGGAGUUAAGCGUCUCGAAGGUCUUCCUGACGUCAUCAAGGUCUCAGAACGCCCCAUUAAUAUGGGCGAGAUCAUCCAAUCCUCAAAGGAGGGUCGACUUGUUGAGUUAUUUGGUACCGGCACGGCUGCUGUUGUCACUCCUGUGGACAGAAUUGGGUACAACGGAGGUGAUGUCAUGAUUCCUACUGGUGAGGACGGUAUGGGUCCCCUCUCGAGGCCUCUUUGGAAACAGCUGGUGGGUAUCCAGACGGGGGCUAUCAAGAGCGACUGGAACUACGUGGUGGCGCAGUAGUUCGGAUUCCAUUCAUCUACAAACAGGGUAUCUAUCUGUGCUUUUGACUAGAAUCUAGAGUUCAUAUCUCUCGUGGUGAUCAUAAGAUGGCAGAAUCAGUUAGUUGCAACGCUGAAGGUUACUAUGAUAUAUCUUAUGGGCCAGCCUCUGACUUUCCUUGUAUAGGUCCUUCUAGG